AUGCUUAAACAAUCCCGCCAGCCCAUACACGAGUAUGAGCUGGUUCCACGCGAAUCUCUCGAUGGCGACGACGAACAGCUUGUCGGCCAGGAACCAGGCGCCUCAAGUUCGUCGCGACACUCGUGGUUGCACCGCCUGAGCAGCCGCUUCAAUGCUGUCAACAAGCUCUCUGAUCGCGCUGUAUACGCUCACUACGUCACACCGCGCCGCCGGAAACGGUCUAUAUUGCGGCUGAUCUAUUGGACUCUGUUCUCUGUGCCUUACAUCCUCAUAGUUUUAGUGCUGGUCGCCGGUAUCUUCUUCCCGAGUUACACAGUCAGGCCUCCACACUACGAGGAACUGCGCAAGCGAGCCACUACCACGGGGCGCGCAAACCCCUACAACGAGAAGAUCUUUAUAGCCGCCUCGCUUGCCGAGACCAAGGGCGACUUGACGUCUGGCGCAUGGGGAAGGGAGGUCCUGGAGCUGGUAGAGCUGCUGGGACAGGAGAAUGUGCACCUGAGCAUAUAUGAAGACAACCCCGAUCCAGUGACGAAACAGUCGUUAAUCUCCUUCCGCGAACAGGUCAAAUGCAACUCCACCAUUGUAUCCGAAGAUCUUGAUCUCGCUACCCUUCCCCACAUUACGCUACCCAACGGCGACAAACGCCUCAAGCGCAUCGCCUUCCUUGCCGAGGUGCGCAACCGAGCCCUUGCCCCGAUCGACAAACACGGCGUCAAGUUUGACAAGGUCCUGUACUUGAACGACGUCAACUUCGAUCCCGUUGAAGCUGCCCAACUCCUCUUCGCAACCAACAUCGACUCGACCGGACGUGCCGACUAUGCAGCGGCAUGCGCUGUCGACCACAUCAUGCCCUUCAAGUUCUACGACCGCUUCGCCACGCGCGAUUUCGACGGCAUGAUAACUGGCUUGCCCUUCUUCCCGUGGUUCACCAGCGCGGGAACAGGGACCAGCAGGGCCGAUGUGCUCGCAGGGAAAGAUGCGGUGCGGGUGAGGAGUUGCUGGGGCGGAAUGGUGGCUUUUGAAGCCAAGUGGUUCCAGGAGGGGACCGGAGCACAGCCAGAACCCGCAAACCCACAGAACGGGACGCCUAAUCACAGCAUCUUCCCACUUCGGUUUAGACACGACAACGAAACGUUCUGGGAAGCGUCCGAGUGCUGUCUGAUCAACGCAGAUCUCCAGUACCGAAUGUCUGGAAAAGGCCGGCCUGCGGAAUCUAGGAUAUACAUGAACCCGUUCGUUCGGGUAGCAUAUGACGAGAAGACCCUGAGCUGGCUCUCUUUUAUUCGUCGCCCGGAGAAGCUCUACGCUCCAAUCCACGACAUUCUCAACUACUUCGUUGGCUUCCCUGAGAAGAAGGCGCGCUUCGCUGAAGAGCCUGGUGAGCUCGUAACAGAAAAGGUCUGGAUCUACGACCAUCCGGCUGCAGCUUUUGCACAAAACGCCACCGAAGCCGAUCUUGAAGGUCACUAUGAGGAGCAAACACGGAGAGCGGCACCUGGUGGUUACUGUUCAUCGCCCAAUCUCCUUGUCAUCAAUGAGAAGCCCGAACACGGCUCUGGUGCGUGGAGCAAGAUCUUUGUUCCAAGACCCCCCAAGUACUGA